AAAGGUCGAGCGAGCCGGAGGCGGAGGAGGAGGGGGAUGUGGCGGCCGGGGUGUGGCAGGGAAAGGCACCUCCAAACAAAAGAGAGGAUACUUUGGUCCUUUUCCCUGCUUGCUCAUGCGAUGUAACGACUGCGCGUGAUCGACUGGAAUACCCUCUGUCUCUCUCUCUCUCCGUCUCUAUCUUUCUUCUCCUCUCUCUCUUCCCGUAUAUGUACUUCUGACACUCGACCACAAGCAAGGAAGGGAGGAUAGAAAAACGAAAGAAAGACAAGUAGGGAGGCAUGGUGGCUGCCAUUUCUUGCCCUACCAGGAAGUUCGUCUCGAAUCUGGUCGAGAAGAUCUUCAGUAGGAGAUUAGCAACCAUGGGGCAGUUGUCUGCUACAGCAUCCGAGCAGCUUAUGAACUACGAGUCCCAGUACAGCGCCCACAACUACCAUCCGAUACCGAUAGUGUUCUCAAAGGCAAAAGGAACGCGUGUUUGGGAUCCGGAAGGCAACAGAUAUUUGGAUUUUCUCUCUGCGUAUUCGGCCGUUAACCAGGGUCAUUGUCAUCCAAAAGUUGUAGACGCAUUGAUUGAACAAGCCAAAAGGCUUACUUUGAGUUCGAGAGCAUUUUACAAUGACAAGUUUCCUAUGCUCGCUGAGUAUCUUUCACACACUCUGGGUUAUGACAUGGUUCUGCCGAUGAAUACUGGGGCUGAAGGUGUGGAGACAGCAAUUAAAUUGGCUAGGAAAUGGGGUUAUGAAAAGAAAAAUAUUCCAAAAAAUGAGGCUAUCAUUGUUUCUUGUUGUGGAUGCUUUCAUGGUCGCACAUUAGGUGUGAUAUCUAUGAGCUGUGAUAAUCAAGCAACACGAGGUUUUGGUCCCAUGUUACCUGGCCAUGUAAAAGUUAAAUUUGGAGAUGCAGAUGAACUUGAACGCAUUUUCCAAGCUGAGGGUGAGCGAAUUGCUGGAUUCCUUUUUGAACCUAUUCAAGGAGAGGCAGGGGUCAUAGUUCCACCUGAUGGCUAUCUGAAAGCAGUCAGAGGACUCUGCUCCAGUCAUAACAUAUUGAUGAUCGCUGAUGAAAUACAAACUGGUAUUGCACGCACUGGAAAAAUGUUGGCAUGUGACUGGGAGAACAUUCGCCCUGAUGUUGUUAUACUUGGAAAAGCAUUAGGUGCUGGUGUGCUGCCUGUAAGUGCAGUGCUUGCUGACAAAGAUAUCAUGCUUUGCAUCAAACCAGGCGAGCAUGGAAGCACAUUUGGAGGGAACCCUUUGGCAAGUGCUGUCGCAAUAGCUGCUCUUGAUGUUAUCAAAGAUGAGAGUCUUGCUGAGAGGGCUCUUGAGAUGGGAGAUGCAUUCAGACAGCUGCUAGGUGAGAUCCAGCAGAGGUUUCCUCAGAUAAUUAAAGAGGUAAGAGGAAAGGGAUUGCUGAAUGCAGUGGAGCUCAAUGGCCAGUCACUUGCUCCUAUCACGGCUUUUGAUGUUUGUCUCAAGUUGAAAGAAAGAGGAAUUCUUGCAAAGCCCACUCAUGACACCAUAAUUCGUCUAGCUCCUCCAUUAUGCAUUAGUUUGGAGGAGCUGCAGGAAGCAGCAAAAGCACUAAAUGAUGUUUUGGAGUCUGAUUUGCCGAAUAUGAAAGAAGAGAAGCCUGCAACGGCAGUUCAUGCUGCCCCUGAGGCAUGCGAUCGCUGUGGCCAACGGACAUACAGCACAUGAGUGGAGUUUUGCUGUGCACCAAAUAAAAUUG